AUGGUGAAGCCUCCGAAAACAAUGCAGCCGGAGCAGGUGGACGUCUCCAGAGCUGGUCGCAAAACUGGGAGUGCGUUCCAGCAAGAUAGCUUUCACAACUACAUGGCUCGAAAAAUUGACUUGCAGCGACAGCAAUUUGGCCAACCAUCGCUCCCCCCUCCUCCCAAGUCCCUUCCUAAGACAUCCCCGUCCAUUUAUCUUCCAAGUUCACCAUCUGCCGAGCAAUCCAUGCCACAAAAGUUAACCAAUGUUCAAGAACGGCGGAAGGAACUAUCACCUUCAUCUACUCCAAAUAUAUCAAACACGUUACCAUUGUCAAAGCCAUCAACUCCACGAGAGUCGGCCAAUCCACAAGAAGUCUCCAAGGCGCCCACAUCUGCAAUAAAGAGGAAGUCGCCUGCCAAGGCUUCCGAGAAGCGAAGUGUACGAUUUGCUCAAGAAGGAGGACCAGAACGAAAGUCGAAAAAACGAAAGAAAACUCCCAUGACUUCAAUCAUUCGGAAAUUGAACAGACGACAUGGGAGAUUGCUGAAGCGGCAAAAAAGAAUCUCUAGAAGGGAAAAGAGAAGGCGUAUGGCAUUGGAGGAGGAGUGUGAAGUACAAGAAGAAAAUAUUGUUGCCACGGAAGAAGACAGCCCGUCAACAGGUGAAGGUAGCCAAGCAUACACUCCCAGGGAGCACACUAUUGCACUGGAUCAACAGAUUGAAAAAAUGCCGGAAAAGGGUGAAGAAAUCCAGUCCUCAUCAAUGAAAGUUGAAAAAGCAUCUCUGGAACCAGAUGCUGAAGAUAAGAUUCAAGAAGAUACGCCACCGUUGGAAGACGACAUACCGGCCGUUGAUGAUGACGAAUCUGUCGAAGUGCCGAACGCAGAAGCACCGGCUUCUCCGUUCGACAUUCGGAAAUCUCGACCGGAUCUUUUCUUCAUUGGUGUCACUAUCAAAGUCAAUGGAUAUACAGAACCAGACAAUGAGACGCUCAAACGAAUGAUCCAACGACAUGGUGGUCAGUUCGAAUGUUACGAAACUCAACGAGUUACUCAUAUUGUGGCGGAACACUUGUCCACUGCAAAGGCCAACAUCUUCAAUAAACAAAGGAAUCCUGUUCCAGUGGUGUCUCCCAGAUGGAUUACCGACAGCAUCGAACAACAAUGCCAAUUGCCCCAUGGAAAUUACUUGAUAGAGGAGGUACGAGACGAUGGCCAACAGAAAGGGAUCAAAGAUAUAUUUGGAACGGCUGUUAACAAGGCAACUCGAAACAAAUUGCCAUCGCUUGAUGUUCGUCCAAACUCGGAGAUUGAUAAGUCUGAUGAACGUAUUACCUCAGAAAUGGAAACAGAUAUUGAAAAGAAAAGUGAGAUAACAGAAAAAGAGGAGAAGGCUGUUGAAACUGUACCAAAGGAGCCACCAUCGAGCCCGCAGAAGACCAAUACCCUUUGUAUCAAUGGAAGAAUCCGUACUACUGGCACUGACCCAGAUUUCCUUGAGAAUUACUUUAACAAUUCUCGCCUUAGUUUCAUUGGAAGCUAUAGACAACGAUCAGAGUCGGCAGGUGCAAAUGCACCGAAUACAUUGAACAAGGACUUGGCCAAUUUACCAAGCUAUGUCUUUCAUGUGGACAUGGACUGUUUCUUUGCGGCGGUUGCGAUUCGCAACUUUCCACAAUUGAAGGAUAAACCAGUCGUCAUUUCACACCAUGGAAAGAAACGAAACAAUGGGGGUGAUGGCAUUUCAUUCGAAGCGAAAGUCUCCAAGAACUCAACAUCUGAGUGUGCAACCUGCAAUUACAGGGCAAGAGAGUUCGGAAUAAAAAAGGGAAUGUUUCUUGGACGGGCAAAGGAACUAUGUCCAGAAUUGGUGAUCCUGAACUAUGAUUUUGAAGGAUAUCAGGAAGUCUCAGCGCAAGUGUCUGAGAUUCUGCAUCAGAUAGCCAGCGAGAAUCAUGGUUCCGUUCAAGAAGUUUCUUGUGAUGAGUCUUACAUGGAGAUGCUACAGGAAAGCCAUGAACAAGCGGCGGCGACUGCCGAAAGGAUAAGAGCUCAGAUCGUUGAAGCUACACAAUGUACAGCCUCGAUUGGAGUCGGAAAGAACAAAUUUCUUGCAAAGCUUGGAACCGAUAGAAUCAAACCGAAUGCGUCGUAUGUAGUCAAAGAUCAUCGGUCUUUGCUCGAAAACUUGAAUCUACGAGACCUCCCAGGAAUCGGUUGGAAAAGCGCGCCAAAGCUAGUUACUGAAGGGCUGACAACAGUUCGUCAGGUUUGGGACUUGGGUUCGAAUGCCGUCAACAUUCUUGAACGAAUUCUGGGAGGUGCUAAUGGAAAGAAAAUCUACAACUAUUGCCACGGAAUAGACGAUCGAAAGGUAGAGCCAGCAAAGCGAAAGACUAUUGGUGCAGAAUGCAACUAUGGGGUUCGGUUCGAUGGACCAUACGGAGUCGAUCAUUUCUUCAAGUGUUUGUCGAAUGAAGUGCAGAAGCGCAUGGAAAAUGUCGGUGUGAAGGGUCGUCACAUCACAUUGAAGGUAAAGCAACGAAAGGAAGGAGCCAAGUUGCCACCAAAGUUCUUGGGUCAUGGUAAAUGCCACAGUCUAUCGAGAAGUAUGGAAAUACCUGGAUCGAGAGCAACGUGUGAUGCAGGGGAGAUCUACAAGGCCGCUGUGGGUCUUUUCAAGGAACUAGCUAUUCCACUGGACGACGUUCGGGGUAUGGGCGUAGUUGUUAGCAAACUUACAGAUGGUGAAAAUAUCACCAACUCGUCACUUACCAAAUGGCUUGAGGUGGCAAACAAAUCCAAUGGGAACAGUGAAGGAGGCGCAAAGGAAACUCACAUCAACGAGUGUGAAGAAGAAAAGACUGCCGAUUCUUCUCCAGCUGACGAUGCUGAGAUGACAGACUCAUACCAACAUAAUGGUGCAGAGCAGGAUGCAAUACAAGACGACGGCGAACAACAAGAUUCGAUCUCGGCAUUUCACAGUCAAGACGUCUUUGACCCAAGAGGUGACACAACAUCUACUCAAAUCAUGUUGCCUCCAUUGAGCCAGCUACGCAUGAGUCAAGUUGACGAGCUACCAAUAGAAAUGCAGCAUCAAAUCAAGGCACGGCUCGAAAAGAACGUAGAAGAUGAGGUUUCCGAAGUCAUUCCUGUUAUGGUUUCUGGGUCUCCGAAAAAAGAUGCAUUGACAAGAAGGGCGAAUGUGCCAUCCUCCAGACAUGGGGAAAGCGACAACAGACUCCGUCAGACAGAUGUCCAGGAUAUGCUCAAACUAGCAGCUGUCGGAACAGGUGUUGCCACAAUGGAUAUAUCUCUUGAUGUACUGAAUGAGCUUCCGAUGGACAUCAGACUACAAGUAAUCAAUGGUGGUGCAUACAUGGGAGUGUCCAGCUAUGUCGCUGGAAAGAACCAAGCUGCAAGUAUUAACCAUGAAGCCCAAAACUCUCCGAAUACAAGCUUAGUGGAGGAAACCACGAAGAAUAGUACGAACAAAGGAGAUCACGAAGGACUGAAACUAGCUGGUGAAGACUUGAGAGCCAAAGAAGAGCCACCAUCACCUAUAAAACAACGCCCAGCGAACUUGUUUGAAGAAGACCUCCUCCCACUGAAACUUUUUCUCGACGAAAACUAUUCCACUGACGUUGAAGCCAUCCAGCUUGUUGUCCAGUUCUUGACAAUUUGCGUCCAAGAGGGGCGGCCUAAGGAUGCUCUCACCAUGCUACGAUCAAUUUGCAACCGGCAAGACGAAUGGGGUACAUAUUCCGUCAUCAGGGAAAUAUUUGAAGCAUUGGACGAUGAGUACUUUCGUCAAUACAGAGCGAGAUUAGAUUACAUAUCAGUCAUUGGAGAGGACAAUCGCAAGCAUCCACCAUGA